GUGGUCGGCGUUGCUGCUCCCUUUGGCCAACCAAGCGUCGUUUUGAUUUCUUUGCGUCGCCCACGGGCGGCAAGUCCACUUCCAUCCUUUGCAACCUGUGCUGUUGCCGCUGCUGGUGUAGGUGAUGCAGCCCGUCUUGUAAAUGAAGACGUCCACGACGAAGGCGGCGGCUUAGACGUCGCCGACGAGAAACUGUAUGUGCUGGUGGUGGCAGUGGAGAUACUAAUGAAAAAUUGCCAUGACAGGAUCGGCCAGCCCAAUGCGAACCGGGCCAGAGUGAACGGCUUGGAGACUAAAGAAUGA